UUUUGGGACUGUAAAGUUGCUUUUUCUUUUUCGCAUGUAAAGUUGGUUCAUUGAUUUAUAAAUAGCCAACAUCAUGAAAUGGACAACAGUAAAAUGUAAGGGUAGAAAGAGUGAUUUCCCUUUAAUACCCUCAUCCCAAAAAAGAGAACUUUUUUAUUACAUUUUUUUUUUUUUUUAAGAUCUUGAGGCACAACAAUUCAAACAUUUUGAUAGAGCUUCCAUGUAUGCGUUUUUACCCACUACCGUGUUCCCCUGGCCUUCAAAACCUGAAUUGGCCUUCCUUCCAUUGAAACAAAAGCCACCCAUUAACAGCUUGAGCUCAUCUUGCAAGUUCUUAUACAAACAAGGCCCAAACUGUAAUGCAACACAAUCAUUUGUCAAUUCUAGGGUUUCAACUAGCGACCAAACUCUUCCCUUGAAUGACUGGCCUCAGGUCCUCCAACAUUCAAUUGGGUCUGGAGACCUCAUGCUUGGUGAGACCAUUCAUGGGUUUCUAGUGAAAUUGGGUUUUCAAAAUGACCCCUUUUCAGGCAAUAACCUUGUCAAUAUGUAUGCGAAACUUAAUAGAAUGGAUUGUGCACAACUGGUAUUUGAUGAAAUGCUUCAACGGAAUACAAUCACAUGGACUUCUCUAAUGAAUGGUUAUUUACAGAUGAAUGAUGUAGAGUCUGUUUUCUGGAUUGCCCGUCAAAUGUAUAGAUUACAAGAAGAGUUCAAUGAGCAUACUUGCUCGGUGAUUUUACGGGCAUGUGAGACGCAUGAUGAUCGGGUUCAAGGGAAACAGAUUCAUGGUUUUGUUAUAAAAAGUGGGUUUAAUGAGGAUGUUAUAGUUGGUACUUCUUUAAUUUCCAUGUAUUCAAGAAGUGGCUGCUUGGAAGAUGCGGAGAGAUUGUUAAAUGAUUUGACUUACAAAGAUGUCCGGUGUUUGAAUCUUGUGAUUUCAGAAUAUGGGAGGGUUGGAUACAGCAAGAAAGCAAUUCAAAUCUUUCUUGAGUUGCUGAAUUCGGGUUUGGAACCCAGUGAUUAUACCUUAACCAAUGUAAUAAGUGCUUCGAAUGGAGAUAGAGAUGUGGACGAAGGCAGGCAAUUACAUGGACUCGUCUUUAAGCAAGGUUUUUUGGGUAAAACCUCAGUCCAAAAUGCAAUAAUUACAAUGUAUGGUAAGCAUGGGCUGGUUGAAGAGGCUGAGGGUGUGUUUCAUGGAAUAGAUGAGACGAAUUUGGUUUCUUGGACUGCCCUUCUGUCAGUGUAUGUGAAGAAUGGCCAUAGUGAGAAGGCACUUAGUGGGUUCUUAGAAAUGGUCAGCUUGGGAAUUCACAUGGAUUCUAGUUGUUUAGCUACUGUGCUUGAUGGCUGUUCAGAGAGCAAGAAUUUGGAUUUGGGACAUCAAAUCCAUGGAUUUGUGAUAAAGCUUGGUUUACUCUCUGAUGUUAAUGUUGGAACUGCUUUAAUAGAUUUAUACGCCAAAUUGAGGAAGCUUCAGUCUGCAAGACUGGUUAUGAAUAGUCUUCAAACUAAAAAUAUUACUUCGUUCAAUGCAAUUUUAGUUGGAUUUACAGAGACGGAAGGAGCUGAAGUAGAAGAUGCCAUGUUUUUGUUUCAAGAACUGAGACUAGCUGGUGUUAAAGCAGAUUCCAUAACUUUUGUACAGCUGCUUGCUUUGUCUGCUUAUCAAACUUGUUUAGUUAGAGGAAAAAGUCUUCAUGCUUUUGCCAUCAAAACUGGAUUUGAAGCUGAUCUUAAUGUAGGUAAUGCUAUAAUUACCAUGUAUGCCAAAUGUGGAAGCAUUCAAGAUGCUAGUGAAGCGUUUAAUGGUAUGACUGAUCAUGAUUCAAUAUCUUGGAAUUCUAUGAUUUCUGCAUAUGCCCUUCAUGGACAAGGUAGAAAGGCAGUUUUUCUAUUUGAAGAAAUAAUAAAGAAAGGGUUUAUUCCUGAUGAGAUCACAAUGUUGGGUGUUCUUCAAGCUUGCAGUUACUCUGGUCUAUCAGAAUAUGGAUUUUGCUUUUUCAAUGAGAUGGAGAGGAAAUAUCGGAUCAGGCCAGUACUUGAGCACUUUGCUUGCAUGGUUGAUCUUUUAGGCAGGGCUGGGUUUUUGUCAGAAGCCUUGGAUUUCAUUAACAAAAGCCCAUAUUCAGACUCACCUCUUCUUUGGAGAACUCUGGUCCAUGUGUGCAAGUUAUGUGGGGAUUUGAGUUUUGGCAAGAUAGCUGCAAAACACCUGCUUGAUUUGGCACCCAAAGAAGCAGGCUCGUACAUACUUGUUUCAAAUAUGUAUGCUGAAGGGGGGAUGCUAGAUGUGGCAUCAAAGGUGAGAACAAGAAUGAAGGACUUGAAGGUGAAUAAAGAAGCAGGUUGCAGCUGGAUUGAAAUCGAUAAUAAGACCCAUCGAUUUGUGGCAAGCGCCAAAGACCACCCAGAAAGUAGAGAUAUUUAUGCAAACUUAGAACUAUUAGAUGCUGAGAUGAAACAAAAACAUGUUGAUAGAAGUGAUCUUCAACUGACUUGGGAAUCCCAUUUAAUUGCAUUGAAGUGAAAUAAAAAAAUUUCUUUAAUUUUCUAGCA